GCGGCGGAGGGUGCUGCCAGCGCCGGCAGGGAGCGGCGGAGCCCCGCCGGGGUGCGCGAAGAUGCUGUCCUACAGCGUGCUGGACGCCAACGUGGUGGACGUGGAGAAGCGGAGGAACCCCUCGAAGCACUACGUCUAUAUCAUCAACGUAACAUGGUCUGACCUGACUUCCCAGAUCAUCUACCGGAGAUAUAGCAAGUUCUUUGACCUGCAGAUGCAGCUUCUGGACAAGUUCCCUAUUGAAGGAGGCCAGAAGGAUCCAAAGCAAAGAAUCAUUCCUUUUCUACCAGGCAAGAUCCUGUUCCGGAGGAGCCACGUCCGAGACGUAGCAGUGAAGAGGCUGAAGCCCAUCGACGAGUACUGCAGGGCGCUGGUUCGGCUUCCUCCCCAUAUUUCACAGUGCGAUGAAGUCUUCAGGUUCUUCGAGGCUCGCCCAGAAGACCUUAACCCUCCAAAAGAGGACUAUGGAUCUUCCAAGAGGAAAUCAGUUUGGAUGUCCAGUUUGUCUGAGACUCCAAAAAAGAGUGUUGCUCCAGGUGCUGAUGCUAGCUCUGAACCCAUGAUCCUGGAGCAAUAUGUGGUGGUGUCCAACUAUGAGAAGCAAGAGAACUCUGAGAUCAGCCUCCAGGCUGGAGAGGUUGUGGAUGUCAUAGAGAAAAAUGAAAGCGGCUGGUGGUUUGUCAGCACAGCAGAGGAGCAGGGAUGGGUCCCUGCUACAUACCUCGAAUCCCAAAAUGGAACCAGAGAUGACUCUGACAUCAACACAUCUAAAUUUGGGGAAGUUUCUAAGCGACGCAAGGCUCACCUGAGGCGCCUGGACCGGCGAUGGACGCUGGGCGGGAUAGUCAACAGGCAGCAGAGUCGAGAAGAGAAAUAUGUCACUAUCCAGCCGUACGCCAGCCAGGGGAAGGAUGAGAUUGGGUUCGAAAAAGGGGUCACCGUGGAGGUCAUCCAAAAGAACCUGGAAGGAUGGUGGUACAUCAGGUAUCUGGGCAAAGAAGGCUGGGCCCCAGCUUCAUAUCUGAAGAAGGCUAAAGACGAUCUUCCAUCUAGGAAAAAGAACUUGACUGGGCCAGUGGAAAUCAUUGGAAACAUCAUGGAGAUCAGUAACCUGCUGAACAAGAAGUCAUCUUCUGACAAGGAAGCUCAAGUGGAAAACGAGUCUGCAGAAACUCAUAUCACCAAGAAGGAAAUCAGUUUGCCUAUCCUGUGCAAUGACUCUAAUGGCAAUGCCAUGAUGACUCCAGACAAGCAGGCUUCCAAACUGGCCCAGGGAUCCCCAGCCAUAGCAAGGAUAGCACCACAAAGAGCUCAAAUAAGUUCUCCAAAUCUAAGAACAAGACCACCCCCCCGAAGAGAGUCCAGUCUGGGUUUUCAGUUACCCAAGCCACCAGAGCCACCCUCUGUGGAAGUGGAAUAUUACACCAUUGCUGAAUUCCAGUCAUGCAUCUCUGAUGGCAUAAGCUUUCGUGGUGGACAAAAAGCAGAGGUUAUCGAAAAGAAUUCUGGUGGCUGGUGGUAUGUGCAGAUCGGAGAGAAGGAAGGAUGGGCUCCAGCAUCUUACAUUGACAAAAGAAAGAAACCAAAUUUGAACAGAAGAACCAGUACUUUAACCCGCCCAAAGGUUCCUCCCCCAGCACCUCCCAGUAAACCAAAAGACUCUGAAGAAGGAGCAGCUCCUGGAGUGGUUUCUUCAGGAGAUAACCAGGAUUCUCCCCACAAGCUGAAAUACGAAGAACCGGAGUAUGAUGUGCCUGCCUUUGGCUUUGACUCCGAGUGUGAAGUGAGUGAAAGUCACCAUGACGAGGGCACUCCUGAAAAACGACUGUUUCAGCCCCUCAAGCCCUCACCUGUGUCAUCACUUCAGAAAGCUAAGUUCAAGGUAGGAGAGUCUUCAGAAGAAGUUGCUCAUGAAGAAGAAACCAUCUAUGAGAAUGAGGGGUUCAGGCGUUAUGUGGAAGAUGCUUUGUCCAACAAGGAGUCUAGUGGGGAUUCUGAUUCUCAGAAAAGCUCCUCUCUGUCCUUGAUCCGAAGGAAUUCCCCAUGUUCUGGCUCUCCUAAGUCAUCGGUCGUGAAGCUCAAGACAGACAAAAACAUUCAGCCCGAUCUUGGAAAAUGUCACUAUUCCAGGAGUGAGGAGACAAAACCAAGAUCAGCUUCAGAUGUUGGCUUACGUAGCGUGCCAAGAACGGGCAUGAAGAAAGAUCCUGGGCAGAGUCCUUCCAUCAGAGCAAAGCCAAUCGUUAGGCCCAAACCCUUCCUGAACAAGGCAGACUCUCAGAGCCAAGAAAAGAUGGAUAUUAGCACUUUAAGGCGUCAGCUGAGGCCAACUGGGCAGCUCAGAGGUGGACUGAAAGGUUCAAGAAGUGAAGAGUCUGCGAGCCCCCCCUGCACAGCUUCCGAGAACCAGGAUGACCCUGUUAGGAGAGGCUCAGCUGAUCUCAUCACAGCUCCUUCCCGUGGCAUCUUCUGCUCCAGCCAUGCAGCCAAAACUGAGCAAGAAAAUGACUCCAGAUGUUUCUAUGUGACCACUGACUCAUACCAAAAGGUACAGGAUUCUGAAAUUUGCUUUCCAGCAGGAGUAGAAGUGGAAGUGCUGGAGAAGCAAGCCAGUGGAUGGUGGUACCUGAAGUAUGGAGACAUGGAAGGCUGGGCCCCUUCCCAUUAUUUGGCUCUCCCUGAAAACCAGCAAGAAACUACAUCAGCAGAGACUGAUUCUUCUUUUGCCAGGAACAGGAAAAAUGAAAACAAGUCAAACAGUUUAGAGAAGAUAGAAAAGAGAGUUCAGGCUUUGAACACCAUCAACCAGAGCAAACGUGCAACACCACCCAUCCCAAGCAAACCUCCUGGCGGCUUUUCAAAAGCAUCGGGGCCAGUUAAAAUGAGGAAUGGUGUGAGGCAACUUGCUGUCCGUCCGCAGUCGGUGUUUGUGUCUCCACCACCAAAGGAUAACAACCUGUCGUGCUCCUUGCGCAGAAAUGAGUCUUUAACAACCACAGAUCAACUUAGGAGCGUCCGUCGGAAUUCCUCCUUCAGCAACGCGUGGUCACAGCCUGGUGACGCCAAGGGAAAGCAACCAGAGCGGCUGGGCACAGAGAGCUCCGAGACCACCUCCAACCUCCCCACGCAGAGGAACGGGAUCCCUGUGUCCACAGUCAGGCCAAAGCCCAUUGAGAAAUCCCAGUUCAUCCACAACAAUCUCAAGGACAUCUACGUUUCCAUUGCAGACUAUGAAGGGGAUGAGGAGACUGCAGGGUUUCAGGAAGGUGUCUGCAUGGAGGUCCUUGAAAGGAACCCGAACGGCUGGUGGUACUGCCAGAUAAUGAGUGGUGUGAAGCCAUUCAAAGGCUGGGUGCCCUCAAAUUAUCUGGAGAAAAAGAACUAAUAUUGCAAUAUCUUCAAUCUCCGUAAUUUAUACUGUUCCUGCUGUGUACAUGUGGAAAAAAAACAGUCGCUACACAAAAAGACGUUUCCCUGUGCUCCAGUUUGUACAAAGGAGUCUAUAUGAGGACAAAUCUGCCAUGUUCUGGAGAGGUUUGUGGGGUUUAUAUGUUCUGAGCAACUACGAGGAAGAUGCAGCAUAGUCAAAUGCCUUUUUGUGAAGUUGUUAAUAAUCUUGUAUGUGUAACAGGGUAUGACAUCCCAUCCUUCCCAUUAUUGAUAGGAAACCAAAUGUGUGCCUUUUGUGAGAGAAAUACACAUGCAUCUACCUGGGGAGUUCUGUGCCAAACUGUUUUACAAUCUUGGCUCCCUUCUCCUCAUUUUUGUCCAUACAUGGAAUACCCAAGAAUUUUGAAUGCUUUUCCACAACUUACAGUGAGAAGCAAACAAAAGUUUCUGAAACACAGAGGGACUGUAAUCCUUUGGAGAUGUUAUUUUCUUCUUCUUCUUCUUUUUUUUUUUUUUUUUUUUUUUUUUUUUUUUUUUUUUUUUUUUUUUUUUUUUUUUAGCUAUACUCAACAGUUGAUAAGUCCAGAGUUGGAGCCUUUUCAUCAUGGAGAGUUUGGGUCUCUGACUUCAGUGCUGUUACAGCUAACUCACCAGAAAAGGCCAUCAGGUGGUGUGGGUUGGGGGCUUUUUGUUUCCUUUGAUUCUGUCUUGUUCUUUGACUUGGGAUUUCAGGUGUUCAAGGGCAGUGAUGCCUACUGGUGCUUGUAAAAACAAACCUACAAACCCCUUGCUUAAGCAUGUCUGUUACUGUGUAGGCUUCAUGUUUGGUUCUGUGCCUGACUCCUGCCAGAUGAUACUGGUUGAUAGUUGGGUUUCUCAAAAGUUGUCAAAGUCAACUAAGUCCCUUAAGACAUUAAUGACAAAGCUGUCAGAUGUGUUAAUUCUUGUUUUGCCCUCUGGUCCAAAUCCAAGGGUGCUGACUGCUGGCAGGUCCCAUCAAGAUGUUAGUGAGAAAAAAUUUUAACCUUCUGCAACAUCAGUGUUUACAAUGAGUGGAAAAAAAAAAAAGCCAUCAAACUCAGUCUGCACAUAAUUUGUAUAUUUUGGGGGAAUUGCUUUUGUGUUUUGUUUUUGUCUUUUCUGUGCAUUCUGGGUUUACUGUAUUUUCUUUGUGUGUGUGUCUGCUUUUACCAGAAAAGACUUAAAACUGAAGUAGGAGCCAAAUAUGUGUUUCUGUUCCCACUUGAAUCCAAAGAGUACAUUUGUACUGGAAAGUGGGCCUGGGCUUCUCGGGCUCAGAGAUUUAAUAUCAAAGCAAUUCGGUCCACAAUGUGACUAAUCAGGAAGCUGCCUCUUCUAGUUCCAGUUCUGUUUGCCUUUCUUAACUCAAGUUUUGCAAUGUGGCACACGGUGUGGGUGGUGUGGGAAAUUGAAGAGGUAUCCAUUGGAAAAGGCUAGGAAUAUGGAGUUAUUUGUGAGGUAGCCUUGUCCUGUAAACAUAAUUUACUCAAUCCCUACUGUGCUUAAGGAAGUCAUACUUGGGGGUUUUCUUAAAUGGCCUUGUUAAUCACUCAAGAUCAAUAUCUAAUUCCUUUAAAUAACAAGCAGCAUUGUAAAUCUGUUUUAAGGGGUGGGGGGCAGACCAUUUCACUACUGGUUUACACAAAGCAUUACAUGUCCUUUUUUCCACCAGAGUUUCAUACUGAAUUGGCUUGGAAGUUAAAGGUUAUGAAGGCUUCAAAAUAGCUGGGAUCAAAGGGCUGAGUAAAACAGCACAACAAUACCAUAUGUUACUGGGGAUGUUUCACUGCCAAAAAAAAAAAAAAAUUGGGAAAUUUAUAUGUUGUUCUUGUCUUUUUCCUUUUUUCUUUUUUUUUUUUCUUUUCCUUUUUUUUAUUCUUUUUUUUUUUUUUUUUUUUUUUGUGUGUGUGUGUGUGUGUGUGUGGUUUGGGGGUUUUUAUUAAUUUCCAUGAUAACACUGAGAGAGUUGCCUACAGCUGAUGUGGCUGAUGUCCUUUCAGUAGCUGAAACAACAUCCAGGUGCCACAACUACAUGCUACAAACAGUGCUGUGGCUCGAGCAGCUCUCUGCAUGCAGGUGGGGAGGGGAGGCUCUUUUUUUGGGAUCCCUUUAAAUUGUGGUGGCAGGAAAAGGAGGUGUAACUGCACAACAGCUCAUAUCACAGUGUGGGGUCCUCUUUGUACCUUAAUGUCUCACCAUAUGAUGUGUCCAGUUAGCUACAUCUUCCUGGAUGUGUAUCUGAGACAUUGUGGCCCUGUCUCUCAUAUUUCUCCCCAUUUUCACUUGUACUAAUAUGGUAGCAGCCAUAAAAGACUGCUGGAGCUGUUGUGAGAUUGUAAUAGAAGUAUUAUAUUCUUCUGCUGGACAGUAUUAAAUAGAGCAAUACAUAGAGUUAUCUGCUAGAUUGCAGUACUAAUAGUAGUGACUUAGUGAUUUGUAUUAAUGUUAUGAUUUAUUUUAACAAUAAUGAUGCGGAAGUGGUUCAUUAUUUUGAAUUAAUGCACUUUAACAAUAAAAGAAACCAAAAUGGAAGCCAAUGCAGAGAACUAAGUGCAUUAUUUAAAGGUGCAGUAUAUAAUUAACAUUUUCUUGAAGCACAUAUUUAUUAAGAAUUAACUUAUUAUUUAAAAUAUUCUAAAGUUUUGUUUAAAGACAUUCCCACUAGGUCAUCUCUUUGGGGGGAUGUAAAGCACAGCUCCCAGAUCUUCUGCAUUGAGCCACUGAAUUCUCUGAGUGUGGCAUGGCCUGACAUGAACCCCUAUCCGAGGAGGGAAGAGCAGCAAGGAGACAGAAGAGCCCAGACUGGAAAUACUCACAUUUGCAUCCAGCAAAGCCAAACCUUGGGCACCUCUGAACUGCAGGAGUCCUUGCAGGGUGUGGGGUGGCACAGGUGUUUUUGGCAGACUGUUCAGUGCCUGGCUGCCGUGUGCCUUGCACAGGGCUGGCCCUGAUGGAUGCAAGCUCUGUAUGAGGCUCAGGUUAGGAGGCUUCUGGAUCGGCCUGAGACAGCUCUGUGAGAGACAUCUGUCUGUCCCACAGCUCCUGUUCCAUCUUGCUGGCUUGCUUCUCCAGCUCUGGUUUUGCAGGGAGGUGGUUUUCUCUGCUCCUGGCAGGGCAGGGUGACGCAGUGUGAGGGCACCUGUGGCACUGCCAGGGUUUUCUCACACAGCAGCUCCAUGGCUCAGUUGCUGCUUUAUCCCAUCUCAAAGGCCCUCCUGAGGAGAGGCCAGACCCGGUAGAUGAGCAGAGCCACACUUGUGGCCUCCCUCUGCCCUCACCUGUACCAGCAAAAAGGAUGGAGUACAGGUCAGCCUACUUGCUGCCAGAAAUUAUCGUUGGCCACAACAAUAAUGUGGCUUCCCUUCACUUGGUAGUUGUUUUGGCUGCUUGUGUUUAAAAGCACACUUUUAAAACAAAUACUCCCAAUGCAAUUUCUCCCACUCCUGUCUUACCAUUGUCACAGCAUCUCUCACUGAGAUGCUCUCUCUUGUUUUGAUUCUUUCAACUGAGAGAUAUCAGGAAAAUAAUUAUUUUCUCCAUUGGUGAGCAGCUAGUUUUGGUCUGUUCUACUGAUACCCGAAAUAGCAAGCCCUUCACUCUUAGCUGUGAAACAGAGGGAAGGGCCUUUAGCUACAUCAGAAAAGCUGACUGCAGGGCAGGAAAACCUGGCAGAGUACUCAGAGGACAGUGUAGUGCUAGAAGUGUUUUAGCUCUUUUCUAAAAAUGUUAACGUCGCUUUUUAUUUACUAAAUUUGUCAGAACUGACACUGGAUCAAGAGCAAUAUUUAAAUGUAAUGUACACCUCAGUGAACACUCAAUGCAGAAAUCAGUAGUACUGUUUAAAUUUCUCUUUCUGGUUUACUCCUGAACCAGAUUGUUAAGAGGAAGAGUCUGCAGGGCUUGAGCAAAGCCAUUUGCAGCUGAAGGGGGCCCUCGUCUGGGGCGAGAGGCGGCUGCUCCUGCUGUCUUGCUCUCACCCACUCUCUCUCUUUUCCAAAAGGUCUUGAAUUUGGACCAGCAGAAAUUCCAAACUCCAAUGCCAGAGAACAAAAUUAAAGAAUGUGAAAAUUGUGUCUUGCUGUAUACUGCAACUUUAAUAAUAAUGAGCACUUCUGAGUUCGUUAUUGAGGUUUAUAUAAUGCCUGAAAAGUUUAUUUGCUGGUUUCCCUUGUCUCCCCUUUCAAAACACUUUCUCAUAGCAGCAAGAGUCAUGCAUUUUGUUAGGAGUCCUUCCCCGUGGGAGGCAAUUCCUGUUCAUUGUUUUAGCUGUCACCCCAUGCAAUGGGUGAGUGUAGUCAUGGACCAGUCCUUUGCAAGCCAAACCUUUCAAGAUAUAAGAGAUGAUGGGCACAUGUUGGGGUACUUAACUGAUGUGUCAAUGGGAAGUCUUUUAAUUGACGUAUUCAAUAAUAGCAAAUACACAAUAAGGAAAGAUUGGCAUUGUCUUGCAGCUAGACUCCUCAGAAUGGAAAUUCACAUCUGCAUGGGCAUGGCUAAAAAAUGCAUUUGUCCCUUGUGGAUGUGUUCCCCAAAGUCUCCUUCCGUUAUGAUGCUAUAAAGUUUGACGAAGGCAUUAUAUAAUUGUUUUCAUCACUUUCAGAUGUUAAUGAAUCAUAUUUUAUUGUAAUAUAUAUUCAUUGCUUUCCUCAGUUAAAAAGAAAGUUACUGCUUUUAUCUUAUAUGAAAAACAAGGGAAUUUGAUAAAGCAUUCAUUAUUUUCAUAUUACUAGUAUUAACAGAAUAGAACUAGUACUAUUUAAUUUUAGAUCUUCAUAGCUAGCUUGUUAAUAACUCAUAUUUUCCUGUGUUGUAUCCUACUAUUUUUUCUAUUUUAUCCCAAAUAUUCUGCAUUCUUGAGAAAAAGCAAAUCCAAUGAGUGGAUAAGUGCAAUAUUCAUAGAAUAAACAGGCCCCUCAUCCAGGACUUGGAGUGGAACGUGCAGUGUGAAAUGUUUGCAAUUCUCUAUUCAUGCACUCUUAGGGAAGGGGAAAUGCAGGGGAGGGGACAACUGGAUGAAAACAAGACCCUUGGAUAGAUAGAGACUGACAGCUGGGGUGGCUUGGGUUGGGAAUGGCUGCUUUCCAUAAAAAAAAAGUAUCACCUGUUAGUGAAAGUAUAAGGAUUAUGCUGCAUGUUGCCAGGAUUAUGUAUAGAAUGUGCAUUAACAUCUUUUUCAAUACAGGACUUCUGAGCUGUGCUUGAAACACUCUGUAUGUCAUCCAUGCAUGAUUCUGUCUUCUGGUUUGUCUCUGCUGGUUAUGUCCUCUGUUGCGCUUCAGAAUUGGUGGUAACUUCAGAAGGGAAAAUAAUUCUGCUGGUGCAGUCCCAAAUUUGUAUUUAUUGCAAGAGCUAUGGGAAUAUUUUUACAGGUCCUUUCUUUUCUGUCUUUAUUGUUAACCUAAGAAGAAAAAGUCUCCCUUUUAUCUGGGUUAAUUCUCACCUGCAGAAUUUCACAGAUGUUUUGGAUAUUGAUUUCAUAUUUCUUGGCUUGCAAAGGUGGAUCUCACAGGUCCUAAAUAAAGCUGGGCAGAAACUUUGCUCUUCAAAAGAGGUAUUGUCUUAAAUUCUGUUUGAAUGGAAGGAGAACUUCCAUCUGUCAAAAAUAAUGUGACUUUACAGGUAGCAGCAAAAUCUACCACCUUUGAAAAACUGGACUAUUUUUGUAAGGUGCAAGAGAAAUGUGAAAGCCAGAGCCCUUGACUCUCUGAGCUCUGGGAAGUACAUCUCCUGUGGCUCUAGUUCAUUACUCUGGAGAGGGGAUGUACCUCAGUUUUCUGCUUAAUUUUUGUCCUGCUGUUCUUAAGUUUGUCUGAAAGCCUUAAUACUACCAGAGACCUUGGCAUUCAAACAGAAAAACUGAAUUCUGCAGCUGUACUGAAAUGAUUUUGGAAAACCUCUAAUACUUUACCAAUUAGGAAUCUGGUUUUGAGGAGCCAGCUUAAUUCUUCCAGAUGCUCUUGUCUAAAUUGGCAAGAAGCCCACGAGCAUCAGUAGAGUUACACUGACAGAAGACCCUUGUGGGUGCUCAGCACGGACCAUUCUCAGCAAGAGCAAACUCUGUGCACUGUUCCUACACCUCCAAAGGGUGCUCAGGACAGCUUAGCCUUGGUGCUGCCCUGCCAUCAUCCACUGUGCUGCAAAUUUUGCAGCUCUUUAAAACCAGCUGGAGCUUUGCUGCUAUUUGCUGGUGGUUUUCCAUCACCAGCAGCUCCUUCUCUGUCAGCUUCAGAUGCUAUUUAGCCACGUAGUGAAGUGCUGUGUAUCAGUGCAGUGUUUGAUAGCUGCCAAAAGUACCAGUUUGAUGGUCUAAAGCAUAUGUUUGUCUAAGUUAUUUUGUUUUCAUUUGCUUUUCGUUGCUUGCUAGAAGCCAGGAUCAGCACUGCAAUGGUGCAUGGGGAACGUGUCCGCACACUUGAACUGUUUGAUGGCCUCUGCUAAUGCUGCCCAGUGCUUGUGCUGCUCUUUCUCUCCCUCUGUGCUGCUCAGCAGUCAUGUCUGUGUGUGUAAUUUUCAGAUAAAGUACUGUACGUAAGGCCGGAUCCAGAAGCCCCCAGUCAGCUGACUUUGGGUUGGGAUGCAGGUUGCUGUUGCUGCUUUUCUUCCUCCGUCUUAGACCCAAUUUGGAGCAAAGCACAGGUGUCUGUCAAAAGUCACCCAUAACUCUGCUUUGGGGUGUCAGUUUUGCAGGGUGUGCCGAGGGUAGAACGAGGAGAAUCUUUCCUCUUGGGUGCCCCUGCAUCAGGGCUGGGACUCUGCAGCAAUUCCUGGAGCGGAAGCUGCGCCGCACUGCGUGCGGACAUGGCUGGCAUAGUCAGAACAAAUUAGUUUCUCCCAUUUUAUAUUGUCAGGGCUGGGCUGGUCCCAUCAACUAUGUUCUUCAUUUGUUCUUGCAUCAAGGUAGUGUUGAUUUUUAGUUGGAGAGUGCAAUUUUUUUUUGUUUUGUGUUUGGUUUUUUAAUAAAUAAAUUUGGUUUAAUGCUUCACACUGGCGUUUUACAGACCUGUUCUUGUCAGCAUAAGCCACUACUGUCCUGAGUUGAGACUCCUGUUUGUUACUGAAUUAAAAUUAUGGCUAUUAUGUUGAUCAUUUGGAAAGAAAUUAAAAGUAACUAUAUUGGCAGGGGAGAGAUAGACAAAAUAUGAGGAAAAAGAUGUUUCUAAUAAGGCCGUGAAUUAUUUGGUUCGACACUGCAGGUGCUUUCUCUGUAAAGAUGGUUUAAAUACAUCACUGCUCUGUGAUAGGAUUUUUUUCUUGUUGAGAAAAGUUGAUUUUUUUCACUCCCUAAUCUACUAUGAUAGUCUGUAUCCUGAAGCCACCAAUCCACCCAAAGAAGACAAGCAUAGGUCAUAUGCUUGUUGUAGUUGAGGCAGUGUGUCUGGGAGCUUGCAUACACUGAGGUUCAGCGGGUGGAGUGGGCAGGCAUGGCUGUUCUAGACCCGCCCAUGUUGGCAGGAACAGCCCUGUGCUAGCGGUGCUUCUGGAAAAAUGUUGGCUUUAGUGACCUUUCCCUGAUGCUCAGGGUUAUUUGGUUACAGUGGCACCUGUCUUGGUCCCUGUUUGGUGGAGGAGAAAAACGGGUGGAAGGGAGAAUCACUUGGCACUGUAAGAAAAUUUUAAAAAUGUGACAUUUAAUAUUUAGAUAAAUAUUUCAGGCUUCUCCAGAUAUUCCCCAUCAAAGCUGUUAUUGACUCUGUAUUUGAUGACUGAAAGGUAAGCAAUGUGGCAGCAUUCUCUGUGCAAACAGUUAUUUUGUGGUUGGAGAGCUUGUUCUUGAACUGCUUCUGGGUCACCAGAGAAGUAGCAAUAAAUAAACAAAAUCCCAUCAUCACCCUUGGGUGAUGACUAGAGAGGCAUUGCAUUCUGUUCUGACUCUGGCUCCCCCAGAACACAUUGAUUUGAUUUGCUUCUGUCCCCUUGAAGCAGCACAGAAAAGAAUAGUGCAGUCACUGCAGCUUAGCCCGUAGCAAUUAGUAAACUGGAACAAAUAAAAAAAUAAAAGAAAAAUAAACCUUUUAAAAAAUUAAGUAUUUCAGUGAAUAGCUGACUUAACUGCUUCCUAUCUUGGCCUUUCAGGGAAGGAGGAAGUUAGAAUUGUUCCCAAUUGUAGGAGGAAUUUUUCUGUCAGGCUGAACAGGCUUGCUGAAAAGUCUUGCUCAUUACUCGUGAUGAGCUCCAACCUGGAAUGUUGCAAAAGCAAAGUAUGUGGAGCAUUGCAACGACUUUUUUGUACUGGGGGUCCAAAGUGAGUGUUGUGGGGCCAGUACUGUACAGAGUAAGUGCAUUUCUGCUGCCUGGCUGACUUGCACAUGACAUCGGUGCUGCUCCUUAAUUGCAGACAGUCAGUGCUUAUUACUCUGCUAGCAGUGUUCAGGGAGAAUCACGUAGAUGAGCGUCCUCACUUGAGGCUCAAUAUCAAAUGUCAUGUCAGGAGAAGUCCUGCCAGCAGCUUGAUUGAUUGCUGCUUAGGCUAAAGUUCAGGUGCAGAUAACUCCGGGUGGGUGUUGAAAGCAGCUCAGAUGGCUGUGAACAUCUGUAGCUGUUUCCAGAGCUGUUAAUUAGCCCAGAUUAUCUCUGCAAACUGUGGGUAGUGAGAUACUGGGAGCCUCAACCUGUUGGUGAAGGAAGGCUGAAAUUUGUUUGAGCUAUUGUGCUCCUCUGCAUUAGCAGAGUAAUGGCACGUGUCUGGACUGGAAGCUCCUCAAGGGUUUGCUAUCCCAAAUUUUUAGCUGACCAAAAAGAAAAAAAAAAUAUGGAUCUAGGCCUGGUCUAAGUGAAGUUUUGCAGUGGAUUUCUUGGGUGGUUGGUGUUCUUAAUGUGACCUUGAAAACUAGAUGCUGUUGUCAUUUCUGUGUUGGUGUAGAGCUCCAUUUUUCAGUGGUUAGGUGGUGGGAAUGUACCUGGUGGGAGCUUGGAAUCUUGGGAGAGCAUGUCGGUGACUAGAGGCAGAGAAAUGUGUGGCUGGUCUUAGUGUGUGUGUGGUCAAGUUGGUGACACUUUUUUGUCUUUUGUUUUGUUUUUAAUAUGGGAACCAAUUUGUUCUGCUUGGGAAAAGGUCUAGAAGUUGGUGUGGUUUCUGUUGCAGUUUAUAUGAGAAGGAAUUAGCUGAGAGCUUUUUUGUUUGUUUGUUUGUUUUUUGUUUUAAGAGAGAUUAUGGGCAGGAGACCAUUUAGUUUUUUUUAGGUUGCAAGUUAAGCUAAGAGAGGAAAAUUAGUCUGGGGAAAUCCUUUUUUGUGGUAACAGCUAUGGACUGUAUUUUGUUGUGGCCUCUGAUCCAGCUCCACUGAAGACAGUGGAGUGAAUAUUGUUGAUCAUGUAGAUGUUAAAUCUUUUGGUCAUGAAUUAAUUCUUAGAGAGGUGACAGGUGUCUUGACAUUCACAGCAUGUCAUGGCAAAUGUGAGCUAGAGACAGAAAUAAUAACUAGCUUCAAGCAUUGUUCAGUUUUUGUUUAAUGAACUUGAGAUGCUGACCAGUUGGAUAAAACUGUGCAAUGAACAACUCCUGCAAUGGUCCAGAUGUGCUUGGGUCUAUGAGAGGUCUUCCCAGGAAAGGAGAUGAUGUGCCUAAUAAAAAAUAUUUGCCUUUCUCAGUCAUCCCAGUAAAACUGAAAUCCAGGAAAGUGACACUUUCUGCACUUAACAGUAUCUUUUGCCAUGGAUGGCAAGAGUUAUUGUUAAUGAGGGAUUAGAUGCCCCAGUCUGUCUGAACUGGCACGAAACAGAUCUUUUUGUGACCAAUGCCUGAGUCUGUGUGUAAACAUUUGUAAAGACUGGAUGCAGAUUAGAGUACUUGUUAACAAAAUGAGCAACUUUUCUGUGGGCCAACACAAAAGAUGGAUUAGCAGUGAGGAAAACACAGGACUCCUUUUUGCCAAGUGACUCUCUAGAAAUUUCCCUCAGGCUUCAGCACAAAUCGGCUGAGACCUGUGAGGAUUUAGCUGAUACACGCUGGGGGCCUGUUUCUGUGACAACAGAAGUGUGCCUUUGUCCUAGCAAGAAUUAAUGAAAUUAUCAUAGUACAGUGUUUUCCUUUGCUUCUGGAUAUGACAGUGGUGGGGGGAAUGAGCUGUGGAAAGCAUAAUCUCCCCCUUAAUCCAGAUUUGCACUCUACUUGGCUGCAGUGCCCAGUCCAGAACUAUUUCAGAGCUGUCCUCAUGGCUGUGCCCUGUGUGGGACAGGGAAUGCACUCAGAGGGGCUGCCCUCCUCUCUGUACCAUGACCAGCUGCUUGCUCAGAGAACUGCAAAACAAUGUAAAGUCAUUGAGGUUUGGGAUUUUUCCUUAGAGCAGCGUGUUCUAAAGCAGUGAAGUAAAAACAAGUGCUUGUUUGGGAAAUUUUAAUCAUGUCUCUGUAAAGGUGAAAACUCUGUAUGUGUCUCUCAACAGAGAAUGAGAAACACCAUCUGUCUUGGGCAAUUGUAGGUGUGAAGAUGCAGAACAAAGACUUCAGAUUACUGUGCCUAAAAGUGGAUCUCAGCAUUUCUGUAAAGGCAUUUGUUAGAGCUGUUAUUAUUUUGGAACUGAACAGCAUUCGAUAAUGGUAUAUCAGGACUGCUCAAAAUUCCUGCAGGAAAGGAAAAGAUAAUUUCAGUUGUGGACACUUGACAGGAAAGGGAGUUGUAAGAAACAUAAAAUAUUGCCAGGUGCUUUAUGAACUUAAUUUUUCUUCUAGGAUUAUCACAGGCCCUUGUGACUGUGUCCUGGCAUGCACUGGUGCUGUGGCACAGCAAUUGGUCAGUGACACCUCUUUGCAAAAUUUCAGAACCCAGACGGGCACGUGUGUGUUGGAAAAGGUGAGCCUAAAAAGGCCUUGGAGUAACCAACAACUGAUAAAAGAACUCCUGAUUUGCAUGUUCUGGAUAUGAUGAAAUAAUUUGCAUUGAGGCAACUUCAGCUCCUUCCAGGCAUCUGCCAUCACCCACCCUGGCAGCUCACAGGUGCCGCAGUCUCACAGGUGGUGGAGGGUGGCAAAUGUCAGUGGAAAGGGAAAUUCAGGAUGUCACUGCUCUUCCUGGUUCUCACCAUGCCUGGAGUCAGAGCUCUGCUGGGCCAAAGCAGAACCAGGCCCUUGGUGCUGUGUUUGCCCUGUCCCACAGGGCUCUGCCAAGUGCUCUGAGUGAUCUUUGCUGUCCUGGGUGCUGCUGCCCUCCCUGUGUGCAAGACCCUGGGAGGUUGUGAGGGCCUGCCAAAAUUUGAGAAGUGUUUUCUCUGUUCUCAGAGACAUUACAAGUUCUUGCAAUGUGAACCUCUAAUGUUUUCAAAGACUCAGGCAAAAAGGACUUGCUGAACAAACUGUACCGGUCAUCUCCCAGUUCAUUGAUUGCUUGGACCAAAGGUGGUGCUAAAUCUGAUCUUUGUCUGUAAUAUUUAUAUUUUGUUGGACUUUUUUUUUUAAGUGUUUAAUAAAACAGAUGCAGUGUCCUUCUUACAUGAGAAAUUUAGUCCCAGCUUGGGACAUGGCAAAACUCCCUGGACCUUCAGGUCCCAGGAUUGUUGCCUGUUACCAUUUGAGCAGGCUUGCAGUGUUCGGGGGGAGGUGGGAAAAGGGUACUCUAUCUUCAAAUGCUUGCAGACUGUAAGAAUUGUGAUUUGUUUGUUUGUUUGUUGGUAUUUUGUUUACAAUGCCUCUUACGCCCUAAGGAAAAAUAAAUUUUUGACCUUUUUAA